AUGGGUGGAGAGAAUGAUCAGAAUGAGAAUAAGAAGAAGAGAAAUAGAAACAGUGUGGAGAGUAUUGAGAAAGUAGUAACGAAUCAACAAGGGCAACAAGGGAAUGGUAAUCCAAGCAAAAAGAAGAAGAAAAGCCAAGAGGUUUUUCCAUUCGGAAACUACAGAAACUACUAUGGCUACCGAGUAACCCAUGAUAUGGAUGAGGAUCCUCGGCUUAAAGUGAUGAAGAGAGAAUGGUUUGCGGGUAAAGACUGUCUUGACAUCGGCUGCAAUAGCGGGAUUAUGACUAUCCAUAUCGCUAAAAAGUUCGGUUGCAGCAGCAUUCUUGGAAUUGAUAUUGAUUCAAGUCGUAUUGAGGAUGCUUACUGGCAUCUUAGGAAGUUUGACAGAACAGAGAAUUCUGGUAAGAGGAGUAAAAAGAAAUUUAGUCCACGGGACCUGUCUCAGAUUGUCUCGUUUCAGAAAGAGAAUUUUGUUCAAACUCGACAUCUUGAAGACAAUUGUUAUGAUACAAUUCUAUGUUUGAGUGUGACAAAAUGGGUUCAUCUGAAUUGGGGUGACGAUGGUCUCAUCACUUUAUUUUCAAAAAUUUGGCAACUUCUUACACCGGGUGGUAUCUUUGUAAUGGAACCUCAGCCUUGGAAAUCUUAUGAAAACAAUCGUCGUGUCUCAGAGACAACUGCAAUGCAUUACCGGAAUAUCGUUUUACGUCCAGAACGUUUCCAAGAAAUUCUUCUUGAUAAGAUUGGGUUUAGAACCGUGGAAGAUCUUACAUCAAGCUUGUCCGGCGCUAGCAAAGGGUUUGAUAGACAGAUCCUUGCGUUCCAGAAAUGA